GUAUUUCAUUUUCCUUUUUAUUUGUGUCUCCUAUAAGUGAUUGUAAAUAAGUUUAUCUAAAUAGACACUUAGUCUCAAUUUCAAGUAUCAUCUCUCUGGCUGUCUCCUGAUGACUAGAUUUUGUAAGAUGAAGCUGUCCAUUUCCUUUGAGACAGUACCCGUGGAGAACUGGAGAGGGAGCAUAAUGGAAGGGGUUACCGGACAAACAAGAGUUAGUAAGAUUAAGCAGCCCAUCCAAGGAAUAGUGGACAUCCUUCCCAGUAUCUGAAUGUGUAGAAAACUUAGUAAGGACAGUAAUUCUAAAGAUGUAAACCUGGCUAGGAAAAGAGUUGGUGUCAUUAUAAUUGGAUUACAUCUUUUAAAAAAAAUCAAAUACUGGUUUACUAACUAAUUACAUUCCUCACCAUCAUCUACACCAGCCUAGGUUAUAAAGCCCAUUGUACCCCUUACUAUCAAUCCAAUCUUAAAUGCAAAAUCUGAUGAAUAUUUUGUAUUGGAAUUCUGGAUUAAGCAUCAAAAGUUUUAUUGAGUUGUUUACCUUUCACUUCAUAUUUCUUUCCAGGCACAAAAAACAGAAGGAGGAGGAUAUUGCUAUAUGUGAAUGCAAAUAUGAUGCUGAUGACACUGACAGUGCAUGCGGGGAUAGCUGCUUGAAUGUUUUAACCAGCACAGAAUGCACCCUUGGUUAUUGCCCUUGUGAUAUCUUGUGCAAAAAUCAGAAAUUUCAGAAGUGUGAAUAUGCUAAAACAAAGUUGUUUAAAACUGAAGGCCGUGGAUGGGGUCUUUUGGCUGAUGAGGAUCUUAAGGCAGGACAAUUUGUCAUCGAAUACUGUGGAGAAGUUAUAUCAUGGAAGGAAGCCAAACGUAGAUCUCAGGCUUAUGAAGAUCAAGGCCUUAAAGACGCAUUUAUCAUUUGCCUUAAUGCAUCUGAAUCUAUUGAUGCAACCAGGAAAGGAAGCCUUGCUAGAUUUAUAAAUCAUUCCUGUCAACCGAAUUGUGAGACGAGAAAAUGGAAUGUGUUGGGGGAAAUAAGAGUUGGAAUAUUUGCAAAACAUGAUAUUCCUAUUGGAACUGAAUUAGCUUAUGAUUAUAAUUUUGAAUGGUUUGGAGGUGCAAAGGUUCGUUGCCUAUGUGGUGCACUCAAAUGUUCAGGGUUCCUUGGAGCAAAAUCUCGUGGUUUUCAGGAGGAUACUUAUCUAUGGGAAGAUGAUGAUGAUAGGUACUCUGUUGAGAAAAUUCCUGUAUAUGAUUCUGCAGAGGAUGAACCAGUGUCAAAUGUUAAUGGACGAACUGAAUCCUCUUUAGAUGUGAUGCUUAAAGCUGAGCAACUAUCUGAGUCCACUGGUUUCAAUGUUCAGUCCCUUGAUUCAGUUCAGAUGAAAGAUUUAGAUGUCAAAAAGAUUAAGACUGAAGUAGCAGAUGAGGAUAUGCACUUGUACACCCACGAUACUGAACAGACGCUUUCACAAAAGAAUGCAAUGAUAUCACGAAUCCGAGGUAAUGCUGCAGGCAGAAACUAUCACAUUGGACCUAGGUCCAUUUCUACCAAAAGAUCAAGGGCAUAUAAUGGCGGAAGGUUUAAAAAUCUCGUAGAGAAGAGAAUUGAUGCCAAGUUUGCUGCUGGCCUCCUAGCAUCCAAGGAAGCACAAGAGGAGAUUUUAAAUUCUGAGGUACGUCCUCUUGCAAAGAUAGCUUUAGUAAUGUAGUUAUCAGAUUCGUGAUUGGAUCUGGAGGAUCCUUUGUUUUAAAUGACUAGUUCAUAAUCUAGAUUUAUCAUUUAGAGAAAAGUAAAUGUCUUUGAACUUAGCUGGAAGCCUCGAAGAGUUUAUCUAGGGGGUGGCUGUGCAUGAUUUUGUAACUUUGAAAUCGUAAAAGUUGUUUAAUUUGGUGGCAAACCCCAAUCCUAUCACUUUAUAUUGUGUGGUUGCAAAUCACCUAAAUCGUAUUUGUUACUGAUUUUAAUAUAGUUCACACUAAUCAAGAAUGUCAAGUGAGAAAGUAAAAGUGCAUUUGUUUUUCAUUCGAAAUUAGUAAGUUUAUAAGCUCUUCGAUUCUACUAAAUGGUAAAUGAAUUCUUCCUUUGAACUCUGCACUCUUGCUUCAAAGAAGUAAAAUCCUUUGGUUUCAUAUUGAGGAAUUCCUUUUCCUCUGGUCCCAACCCCCUCCAAAUCUCUUCAUCCUGCAAUUACUGCUUAAUGCACAUCUCUUCUUACCAUCAUUGCUUAAUGCUAAUGUAAGAAAUUACAAAAGGAUAUCAAUGUCAACAUCGAGACGAAAAUAAUCAAAUUGUUGGGCAUAGUUUAGAUGUGAAUUGGAAUAGGGGUUUUGUGCAUCAUAGUAAAUGCUUUAUUAUCACUCAAUCAUUCAUCUCUUAU